GAGACACACCCGGCUAGCAGUCAGCUCACUCGCAAACAGUAGAUAGCAGAACUUUGCAGUAAGCAUGUUCAGCCUCAUGAAAUUACCAAGAGUCGUCACCAUCAAUCAAGUGCCCAAAGAGUUCCAUGAGGACAGCAUAAUCUCUGGGUACCGUCACCCCCGUAGUUCUGCCACGGACUGCAUUCUAAGUCUUUUUCAGCUGACCAACGAGACUCUUAAUAUUUGGACCCACUUCUUGCCCACCUGGUACUUCCUAUGGAAACUUGUAAGUGUUGUUCUAAUGCAAACUGUGUGGCAGCAUCCCUUCACCUGGCCUCUGGUGGUCUUAAUAGUUUCAAGUUGCAUAUAUCCACUGGCAUCAAGCUGUGCUCACACUUUCAACAGCAUGUCGCCACGGGCGCGGCACAUGUGCUUUUAUUUUGACUAUGGAGCCCUGAGUCUCUACAGCAUGGGUUCUGCAAUUGCAUAUUCAGCGUACGUGUUUCCAGACAAGUGGGUAAACAACAUCUUGCACCAGAGUUUCAUCCCUGUUGCUCUGCUUAACUCGGUUAUAUGUACCAGCCUUGCCUGCUACUCCAGGCUUGGCUUACCAAUUCUUCAUCAUAAUCAUGACCUUGUAAAGAGAUUUCCUGAGUGCCGGAGUCCGAGGUUCAGAAAAGCAUUACGCAUUGUUGCAUUUGCCUUCCCUUACCUGUUUGACAGCAUUCCUCUCCUUUACAGGGUUUUUCUGUGUGAAGGGGAAGGCUGCACAGACAACGACGCCAAUGUCUUCCACAAGACCCACAUUGGAUUGGCUUUCCUAACUGGUUUUCUGUUUGCGACACAUUUACCUGAGCGCUUGGCGCCGGGCAGCUUCGACUAUAUUGGUAACAGUCAUCAACUUUUCCAUGUCUUUGGCGUCCUUGGCACCCACAUCCAGAUAAUGGCGAUUGAGCGUGAUAUGACAUUACGACGUUCCUUGCUUCUCGACCACUCCCUAGCCAUCACCUUUGGCAACUCAGUGGGUGUAACACUACUUUGUCUGCUGCUCAACCUGACCAUCGUCCUUCUCUUCAGCCUACCGCUCCUCUCUACACGAAUCGAUCAACAAAAGAAACAAAAUAGUUCGGCAAAGGCAAUGUAAACUUAGGUUGUUGCAAUUUCAGGGAACAUACUGUAACUCCCGGCUGGUCUUCCAUUUCAGACAAACCGGCAUCUAAUAUGUGUGUAACAUGUUUUUUCAACUGAAUUUUAAUACGUGAGUGAAUCAUAACUCACCUGCACUGAACACGUUGUGAUGAUUGGACUUCUAAUCACUGUGAUGACUGCUAUUGGAAGUGAUACAAACUGCUGAUCUGCAGAAGUGGCGGAACAACUGGUAGAGUGGAAGCACUUCCAACAAAAAGUGCAACUAUGCCAAAAAAAAAACAAAUACACAAUAUCACAAUUAGACGUACCUACAUGAGCUCAAACUAGAGAUGAGCAAUGCUCCGAUAGUCACCACAAAGCAAACAGCCUCUUGUUCUGCCACCUCUGAUGAUCCGUCCAUUACAUGAACACAACAAAAAUGGUCAAAAUAUGAAUUAAUAACAAUUUUAUGGAAUGUAACAAUGUUCAGUUAAAAUACAUGCUGAAGCUUCUAAUGUUUCAUCGUAGCUUGUUUACAAAACACGUUUUACGAGACAAGCUGAUUUGCUGAAUUCUAGUGUUGUACUAACUCUGAAGACCGGUCUUGAGCCGAAGACCGGUCUAAAAAUCACAGUUUGAAGGUCUAUGUCUAUUUUUGGUCUUGACUCCAAAAGUUGCUGGUCUUGACACAUACUGCCCGGGUGGGGGACAGACUCUGGAUUUUCUAAAUAAACCAGCCAAGACCAGCACUGAACUCCUAUUCUUCAAUUUCAUCUAUGUAAUUUUAAACAUAGAACCAUGGUAACACAAUAAAGACUUUAUUUUCUUGUGUUUUUCAUUCCACCACACCAGUAACUGACCACAACCUUAAUGUUAAGUACCAUAUUUAAAUUCAUUUUUAUGAUCUUGUCUCAGUCUAACUCCCAGCAGCCUGAGUGUGGUCUACAGGACAACACUACUAAAUUCUCUGAUAUCUGUGCAUGAGAACAACAAUGUUGAUGGGAACAAAACGUGAAAAUACGGCUAUAAGAUUGUAUGUAUUUUAUUAUUACAUUUUAAAUCAUCUGUAUGUAAGAAUACUACCCUGAUUGUUCUUGUAAUAUAUUUUUCAAGUAUUUAUUCACAGUUAAUUUCCAUGUUUACUGAUUUAAAAAUAAAAUCAAACGUGAUUUACCUUUUUCA